AUGCAGCGGAACAGAUGUCGCCGUUGUGACGAGCCCGGCCACAUGGCUGCCGCGUGCCGUCUGCCUCCCGUCUGCCUCCUGUGUGGUCUGAAGGGCCACUCAGGAGAAUUCCGCUGCCCCAACAUGUUCUGCUACAUGUGCGGCCGACCGGACCACCCAACCGAGCGGUGCCCGCGCCACAUCCAGCAGGUGUUCUGCGCGCUCUGCAAGGCCAACGGUCACGUGUCGGACUCGUGUCCCGACCGCUGGAGGCGAUACCACGCCACGACGUCUGCAGACUGUGCGCCGGUGCAGCCGCCGGCUCCGCUGGACAGCUGGCCGCCGCGCAGCGUCAGCUGCUGGCAGUGCGGCGUGAGAGGUCACCCCGGCCAUCAGUGUGGAGAUGAGCGGUACACGAGCCUGGCGUCGCUCUCGCAGCGGGUCAUUUCCUACACGUCAGCCACGUGCGAGAGCAGCGCCGUCUCCGGCCUGGUGGCCACGCCGGCGCAGAUGGAGGCCGUGUUCGGCCGCCGCCGCCGGCAGCGGCUGGAGGCCGACACGGGCGCUACACUCACCUACGAACAGCUCGGCGCCAGCUCGUGGCUGAUCAACUUCACCGGCAGCCAUGAGGCGGCGGGCGCCGCGCGCGCCCACGUGCUGGACACGCUGCAGGGCGGCGGCGGGCGGAGCCGGCCGCGGCCUCGGAGUGAGCCCUCCUCCCCGGUUCGCUCGGAGGCCGAGACGGGUCCGGCCAGCGCGCCGCCCAGCCCGCAGCCGGCCUUGGCGCGCGAGCGGCGCCGCCUCGAGAAGCAGGCGAGACGCGAGCUCAAGGCCAUCGAGAGGAAGAAGAAGCGCGCCAGACGGCGCGACGAGAGACGGGCGGCGGCGGCGGCUGCUGCGGCGGCGAAGGAAGGCGAGACCGUGGCUGAGGCGGGCGACGGCGAGGCGGCGGGGAAGGACGGCGCCGUUGUGGCCGAGGAGGUGAUCUUGUCCGACUCGGCCUCACCGUCACCGCACGCCGGAGAGCAGGUGACUGACGAGGAGGUGGUGCUGGUGGCGGAGGUACGCCACCGCCGGCCGCUGGUGCAGCUCGUUACCGUCGUGUCGGACGACGAGGAGGAGCUGGACCGGUCCGCCCUGGCCAAGAAGCUGCGCCACCUGCGGAAGAAGAUGCUGCGGAGUCUGCGGCGCGGCGGAGCGGCCGCCGGGGUGGACGACGCGCCAAGACCGGACGCCGGAGACCAGGACACGGGAGGAGGAGAGGACGUACAAGAGCUGCGUCCGGCUGGAGCGGCCGGUGCAGGGGCCGAGGCGGAACGAGCACAGCCGCCCCGGAGGGCGACGACUCCUCGUCAGAACGGCUUCCGGCCGCCGACCGACAAAGCCAAGGAGAAGCGACAGCUCAAGGUGGCGCGGGUUUUGAAGAGGAAGCUGACCGCCGACGGCAGAUUCCGGCUGCACCUGCCGGAGGGCUGGGAGACGCGGCAGAACUGGAGGAAGGUGCUGAAGAGCCACGGCAUUCUGAAGUUGAGCGCGCCCGGCGUGGCGGAGACAGCGCGCCUGCGGCAGGCGGAGUCGGCAUCACAGGCCGUCAACGGGUACUCGCAAGAGGCGCUGGAGCAGCUGCAUAAGCACGGCUAUACAUACGCGCCGCUGACGAAGAAACAGCGGAAUGAGUACAGGAAGCAGAGAGAGCUGGCGCAGGAAGGCGCUAAAUCUAUCGACUUCAGGCUCCUGACCCGUCUGGAGACGCUGCCCGUCACAGAGCGGGAGGCGGCCCUGAUGCCGCUGUUCGACGACGAGUGGACACGGAAGCUGCGGUGCAGUCUCCAGCUCCCUCCGAACGCCGACCUGACGGCCAUCAUCGGCACGAUGGAAGCUCAUCUGCAUGUGGCGUCCAUCGACGGAGACGCGCGGCUGCCGACCAACCUGGACGCUGUCAUGGGCGACAGUCAGGUCCCGAUCGCGGAAGAGCCGCAGGAUCUUACCUGUUUCACCACUUAG